AUGAAGGGUUUUGUCUUGUCUCUCGUCUUUGCUGCCACAGCGGCCGCGCUUCCUGGCGCAUCGUUCAGGACGGCUGGCAAACUGCCCGCUAUCAAGAGAAACCCCCUUCGCCGUGCCAGCCAGAUAAUUCCCGUCGUUGUUGGAGGUCCCCAAGACACGUUUGUUCCCAAUUCCAUCACUGCCGCCGUAGGCGACGUUGUGCAAUUCCAAUUCUCAAACGGCAACCACACCGUCACGCAGUCUACCGCCGACACCGCAUGCACGCCCAUGGAUGGCGGCAUCCACAGCGGCCACAUUCCCUUUGAAGACGGUCAGACCGAAGUCGGCACUUUCAACAUGCCCAUUACGAGCACUGAGCCCAUGUUCUUGUACUGUGCAACAGGCCCGCAUUGCCAGCUCGGUCAGGUUAUGAUGAUUAACCCGGCGAAUGCGACGCAGUUGGCCGAAUAUACGAAGAAGAGCCAGCAGAGCAGUGCUAGUGUUGAUGGUACGAAUGUUGUGGGUGGAACGCCGGGCAAGUUGGCUUUGGAGGCUGCUGCUUUUGUACCUGCUCCCCCUGAAGAGGGCGCUGGUGGUCCACCUCCUGCUGAGGCACCACCCGCCGCUGAGGCACCACCCGCCGCUGAGGCACCACCCGCCGCUGAAGCACCACCCGCCGCUGAAGCACCACCAGCAGAGGCACCUGCUGCCGAAGCACCACCUGCUGAGGCUCCCGCAGCAGAGACUCCUGCAGCAGAGACACCAGCAGCAGAAGCGCCCGCAGCUGAGACUCCCGCAGUAGCAGCCCCAGCUACAAUUGACCAAGGUAGAACAGGGGAUAUCAAACAUGGAAUGCAGAAGCGAGUAAGCUUGUAG